AUGGAGGAAAAAAGGGAAGACAGCAGACAUUUCCAUGACGCAUGGGCAUUCAUCUUAUACCUCAUCCUGACAACAUUGACAACAUGUUGGAUGGUUUCUGAAAUGAAGGAAUUCCCCAAAUAUAACGAAGAAGCCCUUCUUCCUCUUCUGACUAUCAACGUCGGUUUGAUGCUUGUGUUUCUGCUGGUAGCAUAUUUAGGACUUAGAUAUACAGCGAAGGGAUUCAUAUUUCUUGCCAACAUUGUGGCUCCGGCUAUAAUAUUCUUUAUUUCAAUGCUUACCUUAAAUCCCUUUGUGAUUCUCUUUGCAGGAAUCACAUUUGGGGUUUCCCUGAUGUUCUAUUUCUGGUACAUAAAGCCUGCUCUGCCACUAAUAGCUGCUAUGGUGGAAACCACUGCAAAAAUACUUUCUUUGAACCUUAUGGGAUGCACAAUCCUCCUUCUUGGCUCUGUAUCCCUUCAAGUCAUCCAAAGCUUUAUAUUCUUGAGGGUGUUAGGAAAUAACGAUGCAAACAUAGGAGUUAUGUCUGUUCUUUUUAUCCUGAACAGUUAUUGGACAUUCUUCAACACAAUAUACUUUGCACAGGUUGUUGUAUCUGCAAUUGUCGUUAACCAUGCAAAAAACGGAAAGGAAUCUUUCAGGGAAUCCUUUUACAUUGCUUUCAUGGCCCUUGGUAGCAUUUCCUUUGCAGGCUUGAUCAUGGCAGCAAUCAACACUGCAAAGCUCCUCCUAGAGAGAGAAAGAGAAAGAAACAGAGAGAGGGGAUCCGGCAACUUCAUCAAUAUAAUCCUUUUGUGCCUUUUAAGUAUCGUCGGAGACCUCGCCAACCUAAUGAAUGAGUUGGUGUUUCCAUACCUUACGCUUCAUGGAACAAAAUACACCGAGUCUAUAGGCAAGUCGUAUAAUUUAAUUGAAGAAAGAGGAGGAGUCACCCUUCUCAGUAAUGCAGCCAUAGGAAAAGUAAUCUUCUUCUGCUUCCUCUUUUUCGUUUGUUUCAUUGCUUGUGGAAAUGCCACUGUGUUUUGGGCAAACCCCAGCUUCCAGUCCGACGAACUUUCGUAUGUCACUAUGUCAAUAGUGUGUGCUCCUUUGCUCACCUUUGUCUAUAGCUUUCUUUCGAUGUUCUCCUCUGGAACUUUGGCUCUAAUAUAUUCAUAUCUUGAAUUCCCCGACCAGGUUAGGAGUAAUGAGCCCGAACUAAUCGAAAAAAUCGCACUCUUCAGCUAA